AUGACGAUCACUUUCCUCUACUGUGUGGUUCCCUGUGUGGCAGUAAGUCUUGUGAUGUAUUUUGUCAUGAACCGCCUAUUGCAACGGCUCUAUAGAAAGACGCCGCUGCAAGCUGCAUGCGAGGAGUACAUGGCACAGAUGAAGAGGGAAGGCCCACAGGGGCCGCAUGGUAGCGAGGCUGGGCAAGGACUGGAGGCCCGAACACUCUGUGGACUUUUCACUCAUUUUGAAGGCUUCCUGCUACAGCGCAACAUGCACUACGUGGUUGGGAACCUGGUGCUUCCUCUUACUGCCCAAAAGCAGUGCUCCUUCGUAACACUUUGUGGGAACAAGCCCGUGGACUUUUUCGUGUGGGACAUCGAGAACGAGCUCGGUGAAACCAUCGAGGACAGCCCAUUUGCCAAGGCGUUGCGCGGGAACAUCCGCGGGGUGGUCAUGGUCCUGGACCCCGGCGUCCUGCCCCUUACCC